AUGAACAAAAUCAUCGAAAAAGUGCGUUCGCGGAAGCCUUCGCCCGGAGGAGGCUCCGAAUCCAAGACGCCGUCAAAAAGUGCGAGCCUCUCCAGUCUCAAUAUCUCCUCGACGAACACACUCGGUUACGGAAACCUGCGCUGCGCAGUGGCCUUGCCAGAAGGUGAAGAUCUCAAUGAAUGGAUCGCUUACCACAUUUCUGAUUUCUACAAGCAGACUUCGAUGCUCUACGGCGCCAUUCUGCCCACAUGUACGACUGCCAAGUGUCCAACCAUUUAUCUUUGGCAAGAAGUGUCCGGCUCCCAGCCGAAGCCGCUCCCAGCAGCAGAAUACGUUGACAAUUUGAUGACGUGGAUCAACGAAUUACUCGAGGAUGAGAAGAUGUUCCCCUCAGCUAUCAAUGUGCCUUUCCCAGCACAAUUCCGCGACAAUGCUUUUAAAAUCAUAAAGAGACUCUUUCGAGUUUACGCUCACAUCUACCUCCAUCACCUCCAGGAUGUUCGGGAGAUGAAGAUGGAGCCUCAUCUGAACUCGAGCUUCAAGCACUUCAUUUUUUUCGUGCAGGAAUUCCAGCUCAUUUCCUCAGAAGAACUCAAACCACUGCAGGAGAAAUUCGCCAUUUUGAAAGAAAAAAUGGAUUGGGGUAUCGAAAAUGACGAAGAAACAUGGAGCGACGAUGACAAAGACGAAGAAAUGGCAACGAUGACAGUUGCAGAUAUUCUAGUUCUUCUGAUUUCGGGCGAUCUUCUCCCUACAGAAGACACGAAAAGGCUUGUUUUCAGAGAUAGCUUUUCAUUUUCGCCAGAUGAGACGCUCGCAACUCUUUUUUUCGAUGAUAUCCCUCCUCCUUCCAACCAGCUGCUCACCGAUGCUUUGAUCCAUUUUGUGUCAAAAAACGAAUAUCUCAAAAUUUCCGAAUUUCUGCGGCUUUCUCCUGUUGACGCGAACAAUCUUUGGUCGAAUGGGGAUCUCGCCGUUCACAGAGCAAAGUCGGUGGAGGCCCUCAAAAGGUUGAGACAAGGUGGAGCUAAUCUUCUGCUUGAAAAUGACGAAAAGAACAGCCCUCUCUCCCUUGCUCUCAGAUCUGGAAACUCCCGAAUGGCCUCUUACAUUCUCUCAUUUGCUGAAGACGAAGGCUCUCUGAUCAAUCAGCCAUCUACAAAACAGUCUGGUUAUUUGGAGAUAUUAGAAUACUUUUUGCGAAUUUUCGAAAAUAACGAUAUGGACAAUCAAGGGAUUCACACAACCCUGCGACUCUUCAAAAUGUCACUCACUUCAUUUAAUAGAUUCGGAUUAAAAGCGUCUGAAUCUGACAGAGAAACAGCUCUUUCGUCUAUUUGUAAGGCUGUAAAUUCAAAAGAAAUCUCAGAAUCGGCAGUUUACGACGCCAUUUACGAUCAAUACCCUGCUGAUAUUGGGAAACUCUUUGAAGAAAUCAUUUCUUCUUUACUUUCGGAAAGUCCUGGUGUUUUUGAUGAGCCUGAAUCUGAUAAUCUUGGCGCAAAAGCUGGCGCGAAUUCUCCUCCAUCGCCUGAAAAAACCCGUCGAGUUAUGGAAGUAGAGAGAAACUUUGAGCAUCUAGAUCACACUGCUGAUAUUCAAAUUCAUUCGUGGGGAAAUUCGCUAGAAGAAGCGUUUGAAAGUGCUGUGCUGGGAAUGUUCGACUAUUCUGUUCCAUUAGAAAAAGUCGAUCCACGCAAAAUGAUCAUCAUCGACUCGAGGGCGAAAAAGGGCUCAGAUUUAAAAGACAUUCUUUUCCUUGUUAUGCAGGACUGUUUGUACGAAGCCGCUACGGAUCCUUACUUCAUGGCUAGAGAAGCUAAAGUGCUCAGCCUCGACCGAGAGAAAUGCAGCUGUAAGAUGCAGCUGAAAGGGGAGGAAUUCGAUCUUCAGAAGCAUGGCGGAUUCGGAACAGAAGUUAAAGCCGUCACACACUCAGCACUAAAUAUUAUUGAAACAGAAAAGAAAAGCGAAGUUUGGGUCAUCGUCGAUAUCUAA